GUUUACUUUUGACAGCUCUUAUCAAUAACAUUUCCAAAUAAAUAUUGGGGCUGUUGGUUUGUUUUUUUAUGCAAUUAUUUAUUGUUUUAAUUGGACAUUAAUUAUGACUGUACAGUCGGAAUCUCAACUUAGUUUGUAUCCUGUUCUCAAUACUCUUCAGAAAAUAGCAAUUUAUGAAUUAAAAGAUUGGGUUUACGUAGUUGGAUCAAACAAUAGUCUGAAUCUAUUUAGACUUCUGAAAAUAGACAGAAAAGAAUCUAAGGAUUUAGUUGUAAUAGAUGAUGGAGAAGAAUAUACUCAAUCUGAUAUUCAAAAUUUUAUUGCAACUCGAGCUCGAGGUGUCGUUGCAAAAAGUGCCUUUGGCAUUGUUGGUUUUGUGAGAUUUUUAGAAGGUUAUUACCUUUUACUUAUAACAAAAAGAAGGAGAGUCGCUGCUUUGGGUCUUCAUUAUAUUUAUAAAAUUGAAGAUACAACAAUGAUUUACAUACCCAAUGAAUCGUCUCGUACUUCACAUCCUGAUGAAGCUAGAUAUGUCAAAAUGUUUCAAAGCAUUGACCUUUCUAGUAAUUUCUACUUCAGUUAUAGUUAUGAUAUUACUCACACACUUCAAGUGAAUAUGGCUGUACCGAAAACAUUACAAAAUUGUGGAAAUAAUGAUAUCCAGAAUUUUAAGAAAGAAAGAUACCAAAAUCAAACAGAUUAUGAAUUAUAUUCAUCUCCGAACCUUAAAUUUGUUUGGAAUUUGUACCUCUUGUCAAAGAUAAAGGAUGUUAUACACCGUGACUGGAUUAUUUAUAUCAUCCAUGGGUUUAUAAGCCAAUCUAACCUUAAUAUAUUUGGGCGUUCUGUCUAUGUAACUCUUAUUGCCAGAAGAUCAAACAAAUAUGCAGGAACAAGAUUUCUAAAAAGGGGUGCCAAUACAAAUGGAGAUGUUGCAAAUGAGGUUGAAACUGAACAGGUAGUGGAAGAUAUGGGUGUUAGCAGUUGGCAUGUUUGUCCUAGGAUAUCUAGUUUUGUGCAAAUGAGAGGGAGUAUUCCUGGUCAUUGGAGUCAAGACAUUGCUAAAAUUGUUCCCAAGCCUACAAUUGCCUACGAUCUUAGUGAUCCUUUUGUGAUAACUCCAGGGAGGCAUUUCAAACAAUUAUUUGACCGUUAUGGGUCUCCAAUAAUAGCUUUGAAUCUUGUAAAGCAGAAAGAAAAAAAGAAGCACGAGUCUACACUAAGCAUUCAAUAUAGCUCUGACAUUAAGUAUCUCAAUCAAUUCUUGUCACCUGAACAUCAAAUUCAGUAUGUCACUUUCGACAUGGCUCGGAAAAAUAAAGGAAAAGUCGCAAAUGUUAUGGGUCGAUUAGCUAGAAUUGGUGAAAAUGCUUUAGCAAAGGUUGGCGUAUUUUGUACAUUUACUAAAAGAUUGCAGACUGGUGUUAUAAGAGUUAACUGUGUUGAUUGCCUUGAUAGGACAAAUACUGCACAAUUUGCACUUGGAAAAUGUGCUUUAGCGAAGCAACUUGAAACUCUUGGAUUACUUGAAACACUUGAACUGAAGUAUGAUACUGAUUGUAUAAGACUGCUUGAAGUAUUAUAUGAAGACCAUGGUGAUACUCUGGCACUGCAGUAUGGCGGCUCACAGUUGGUUCACAGAAUAAAGACAUAUAGAAAAACUGCACCUUGGACUUCACAAGGAAAUGAUAUUAUGCAGACUUUAAGUCGGUACUAUAGCAACACAUUUUCAGAUUUUGAAAAACAGCAUGCUAUGAACCUGUUUCUUGGUUUGUUCAUACCUUAUGAUAACCAAUCGCCUAUAUGGGAACAAAUAACUGAUUAUUAUCUUCAUCAUCCAGAAACGAUAACCCUUCUUCCAUUAGAAGAGAACAGAUUGCCUUUAACUCAGUGGUGGGGAGAAAGGAAUGUUACUUCCUUGUCUAGGGAAUACUUGGAAAGAGAAGCAGAUGUUAAGCCUCUUUCAAACCCAACAUCCAUUGAUGUCUAUUCUGAUUUUCAUAGGAUUCAUGAAUUUACUGCUCUCACAGAAAUCUUUCCAGCCACCAUCAGUCAUAGUGUGAGGGAUUUUAUGCCAAAUUGUGUAACAGAUUAUAGCCCAUUCACAGUUCGUGUCGGCCCUGGACGGAGACGGGAAGAAAAUGGUAAAGGCUUUAAAAAUCCUUCUGUAUCUGGACAGAGUUCGACAUCCAGUGCCACAUCAAGUGAUGAAUGCAGUCAAGAAAGUGAUGAUGAAGAUGUGAAAACAGAAUCUCGGCAAUCUUCUUCACCAGCUAAAGGGAGCACAGAGUCUGCUAGAUCAUCACAGGGAAAUAUAUUUGCAUUAAAACCAAUUUCUUCUCAGGAUAUGCAAAUUUAUAAAAGGUAUGUUGUAAUUGGAAGGCAGUCUAUACGUACCAAAGAAGGAACAAAUAAACCUUUAGCUCAUAGUCUUAAACCAAUGACAGAAUUUAUAGAUUCAACUUUACAGACUCAAGCACCUGUCGUUACAAAGAAAUCUCUAGAUUUUUAUGCCAAUUAUGUCAAAAAAAUGUAUUCCAUUGAUGAGUGUAUCACGCCAUAUCAAGCUGAAAGAUACGCACGGUAUUGCAACAAUCAGCUCUACAUCUAUAAAGGGGUUGGCUGGGAUUAAUUGAUAAUGUACUUUUCAUUUGUAUAUUUAUAAAUAUGUAUAUAUUUUUUUCUUUCUGAAACAUCUAGCUUUUUCUCUUAAUUUUAAGAGUCAUAGAAUCUGAUUAUUUAUUUCAUAUUAGUUUAAAUUUACAUAAAUGAUUUUAAGCUUAGUAUCAUACACAAACUAUAUAUAUUUUUAAUGGCAUAUUCUAAAUGAUGAAACCAUCUCUUAUCUUACAGGUAAAGUUUUUUAUUAGAGAUUGUCUAUUCUACCGCCAGCUAAGUUCCCCCGUAACAAUAACUAAUGAUACAUGUUUAAAAAAUGAUAUACCAAAAUCAAUGCAUUAUUAAUAUAACUUGUGAUAAGAUGGAUAAAACUGAAAUAUUCCAAAAAAAUAAAUAAUAAUAGAUAAUAUUUUUGGAUAUCGAGCGGGGUAGCUCAGUGAGUAAAGCACUAUACUCCUAGCUGGAGUCCUGGGUUCAAGUAGUGUGACAGGUAAUUAUUUAUCCUGUUUCAGCAGAGUUGAUCUUCAGCUUAGGAGACCCUCCUGGGUCACACCCAGCCUCAAUAAAGUAGGUAAAAAUUUGGCUGUUGAAAGUGAUUUAGGUCAUAUCAACUCCUUUUACUACUGUUGUCCUUUUUUCUUUUGUUUUUGUUUAAUAAAUAAUAAUCCUAAGUAAUCAACUCAGAAAAAAUUAAUCUCUCCUCUCAAAAUUUUCAUACUUUCGUUUCAAGAUAGUUGGGAUUUAAAAUAACAUCAAUUUUCUCUAAGGCUGACAAGCUAAGCCGAUUUUUUUUUUUUUCAUUUUGGGACCAAAAUCACAAGUAACUUAGAAAGAUCAUUACUCUCUGCUAUCAGUAGAUAUUUCAUGUGGCAAUAUCUAAGCUAUUUAUAAAGUUAUGAAUAAUUUUACAAAAGCAUACAUUUUUUUUUAUUUCUAGAGUUUUCUAUUAGGAAAUAAUUUGUAAUAUUUUAUAUUUAAACGUCAUCAAGCACAAGUGCAUGCUUAAAAUUUUAUUUUAGGUUGUUAUUGCUUGUGUGUUAAGAUAUUUUUCUCUGAUUUUUUUUUUUAAUGAAAACUCUUGAAAAGAUUGCAAUAAUAAUAUAAUUAGGUUUCUUCCUUUUAUAUUGACCUUGACUCUUAAAAUGAUAAACAAGUUCUUAUAUUUUAUUUAAACUUUCAUUAUUUUUAAACUUUUUAAUUCUUCCUGACAAACAUAUCUGUAGCAUAAUGUUUGAAAUCUGUAAUGAUUUACGCUUAUGCCAACAAUGCAAUUGUAAUGCCAUUGUACUGUUCCUUUACAAAGAUUUGUUGUGAUAAAAGUUUUAAGAAGAAAAGGCUAGUGUUCUUAUAAGGCUGAUAAGUUUAACUUAUUUAUUUAAAGAUUGAAAAUUUUUGAGUAUUUCUCCAAAAUAAUUUGUUUUAUUAAGUUUGUAUUACAAUAUAUUUUAAUAAACUAUAGAAAAAUUUCAGUGAACAAUUACUUAAACCCAUUUUAGUUCCUAGUAUUAAUUAAUUUUAACAUAUUAAUAGAUAUUUCCAAAUUAAUUUACAUAUACCUCUGCUGGUGAGUAAAUCGUUAACCGAGAGUGUAACAGACAUUAUUUUGGCAUAACACUGGGUUUGAAAAUUGACUUUAUACCAAACGUAUAUGGUUAUGUCAGAAAGUAAAGUUAUAGGUACAUAUCACAAUGUAAAAUUUGAAGCUUCAAGGUAUGUUUACACCAAAAUAGUACCAGUAUCAUUGUGAUUAGAAAGAUGUUAGUAACAUUUUUGCUUUUUAAUAUUUUUAUGCAUACUGUUUACAUCGUUAAAAGUUAAAUGUUAAUAUUAACAGUUAUUAGUAGAGACCGGAUUUUCAUGUUAUUGCACAUUGUAUUCGCUUAAGUGUAGAAACUUCAAACCUGAACAUUUAUCCAUUUCACGAUCACGAUUUGGAAAGAGCCUAAGUCCCAAAAAAAUGUAAUUAGUGAUCUAGAAAAGCAUUAUCAACAAUAAUAUUUGAACACUUGAAAAUCUGAAGUAUUACAGUUUAAUUCUAAAUUUUCCUUUGAAUUCUCAAGAAUUUCAUUUUCAAUGUUGCAUUUUAAUUUUAAAUUUAAUUUUUUUUUUCAUUUCACGUUUUUAAAUUAAGAAGCUUAACCUAAGAUUUGAUCAAAUCUUAAUUUAUUUAUAUGACAAAUUAAACAAAAUUUAUGAUUUUCACUUGCUAUUAGGUGUUAAUUACACAAUUUUAUAUAUUUGUUGGUUUUUACUGCACGGUUUUGAGUUUUUUGCUGCACGUUUUUCGAAUUUUUACUGCACAAAGAUCCGGUCUCUAGUUAUUAGUAUGUUUUUAGCAAAACAUUUCCAGUAACAUUGU